AUGUUAUUAGAUUUGGUGUAUGAUUUAUAUGAAUAUAUUUUUCUGAAUCCAUUGGAGACUCAAGCUCUCAUAUUAGUAUCAUUCAUAACAUACUACUUGUUUAUAUAUCCAUUCUUUAUAUCUUCACUUCGAAAUGUACCGGGACCAUACUUGCAUAGGAUCUGUUAUUUUACAGCGUUGAAUGAUCAAAGGAAGAUGCGGUGGAUCACAAAAGUUCAUGACUUGCAUGCCAAAUAUGGAAACAUUGUCAUUUUAUCCCCUAAUGAAAUCAGUGUUAAUGGGAAUGCAAAAUUUAUAACUGAUAUUUAUGUUAAAAAUUUCCCCAAAUCAAAAUUUUAUGAAAAUUUUAGAAAUCAUGGGUUUAAAGAUAAUAUGUUUGCUAGUCUUGAGAAUGAUAGACAUAUCAAAUAUAAAAAAAUUGUAUCAAAUAUAUAUAGUAAAAGUGCCAUCUUUUCCAAAACCAAUAGUACGAGAAAUAAUCUUGUUAAGAAAGUGGGGAAUUUGGUUGAUGCUAUUUACAAAUCAUCAGUAGAUGAUUGGUUCAACUUGGCCAAUAAAACUAAAAAUUUAGGUAUUGAUGUAUAUUCAUUAUUUGCAUCGUUAGCAUUAGAUGUGGUUUCAGCAUUUGAAUUAGGUAAUGAAAAUGGUACUGAUUUAUUAUCUAAACCUGAACAAAGACAUAUCAUUGUUAGUCAUAGAGAAGUGGCAAGUAUGGUAUUUUGGACAACUUUAAUGCCAAGAUUUUGGUCUUGGGCUGCUGGCAGUCGUAUAUUAAAGGCUCUGGAAGAUGUUACAAAAUGGCAAUUAUCAUUAUAUGCUAAUGCCGAAAAUAAUGUACCAAAGUUUGGUAAAGAUGAAAAUCUUACAACUUUAGAAAGUUUUAAAAAAGCAGGUAUUACAGGUGAAUAUGCUUAUUCGUUUCUUACUGAUAAUAUUUUUGCAGGUCAUGAAACAACUGCUAUUUAUCUUACAUAUUUAUGUUAUGAAUUAUCGAGACCAAUCAAUAAUUCAGUUCAACUUAAAUUACAACAAGAAUUAAUUCAACAAUUUAGUAAUCCAGUUAAAGGUGCUGUUAUCGAUGAUCUUGAAAUAGUUGAUAAUCUUCCAUAUUUGAAUGCUAUUAUGAAUGAAAUUGGAAGAAUUCAUGCUCCAAUUCCUGGUGCAGAACCUAGAAUGGUGGAUAAACCUUAUUCGAUAAGAUUAGAUAAUGGUGAAUAUAUUACUGUACCUACUGGUACAACCAUUUCAGUUCAACCAUAUUCGAUGCAUAGAUUAGAGAAUGUGUUUCCAGAUCCAUAUAGAUUCAUUCCAGAAAGAUGGUUACAAUAUGAUGAUGAAAGUGUGGAGGAUUUCAAUCAAAGAAUUAUGAAACAACAAAAGUAUAUGAUGCCAUUUGGAAAAGGAAUUCGAAUGUGUUUAGGAAUGAAUAUUGCUUUAAUUGAAAUGAAAUUAGCAGUUGCUAAUUUAUAUUGGAGGUUUGGGUCUAAACUUUGUCAAGAUUGGUGUGAGAUCACAGAAUAUAAUAAUGCUGAUUCUACUGAAGAUAAAGUUAAACCAAAUGUCAUUCAACUAGGUAAACAAUUUGCCGGUAACAACGAGACAGAUGAAGAGAAAAUGGUCAUGUAUGAUCUGUAUACUAUACGUCCAUAUAAUGAUGAAUGUUGGUUAGAAUGGUAUGAAAAUUUUACCCAGUAAUUGAAUUAUUUGUAUAUAUAUAUAUAGACAAUAUAUGUGUCAAUCCUGAUAGAAGGGGCUGAUCUAUUUUUAUACCGAUACCUCCGUUUUCAGGAUAGCACUUUUUUAGUUUGCGCUCUGAAGAUAAAUAGAAAAAGGGAAACGUUUGUGAGCCAUACCGCCAUCACUCAAAUCAAAAUCAAAAUCAAAAUC